AGGAAUUGUAGCGAUGGGGAAGUUCAAGCAGGAAAUCAUCUUGGCUGCUAAAUCAACUACAGAGGAAUCUAGCAAGGUUAUGGCCGAGCUUCAAAACAAUGGUAAAGCGCGAUAGCAAUUAGGGAGGCACACGCGAUAGCAAUGUCUUAUCAUCGACGGAAAACCUUAUCGCAUAACCUUUCCGAUUGCCACUUCCCUUUACAACUCCUCAUGCCCCGAUCACCCCUACGUCGUCCCUUACAAUACGCAUCGCGUCGGUCUAUAUCCUACCGAUCGCGUCUCGAGUCAGAAUCACGGGCGGUAGAUGAUGCGUCGAGCAGAACGGUAACAGACGAUGGCAAACCCGGCGCCAUGUCGCGGCGCCUCGCCCAAGCUACCGAAGACGCCCUCCUCGAUGGCGGCCGUGCCGGGCAGCAGGCGAUUGAAGCGGCCGGAUUCUCGGACGAGCUAAAAGCAGAGCUCCUCGACAAAAUCGCCGGCCAGCAGUUCAAGAGCGACAAUCUCGCCGCGUUCACGGAAGCCGAGCUCUCGCCUCCUGUUGGUCGCGGCACGAGGGAUAUCGCCGUUGCAGCGCCAUGGACGGGGUCGGAGGGGCAGGGAGACGCCAUUCUCCGCAUGCUACACGAUGCGCAUAAGCCGUUGAAGCCAGUCGUGGAUAUGCGACUGCAGCGCGCCCCGAAGAAGACGCCAGCCCAGCGGAUCUCAAACGCAAAAGAACGCACAACCUCAUAUACUACCGCAAACGACAGCAGCAUGUCCCUAAAGGAACGGGAGGAGCUGCGCGCGAGCCUAAAAGAACGAUUUGGCUCUGGCGUCCAGACUGGCUCUAUGCCGACGUCAUUCCGUGGGUUAGAGUCCCUCGCAAACCGGCGUAUCGAGGAUGCCAUCGCUCGGGGACAGUUCAAGGAUAUCCCCCGUGGCACCUCUACCGUCCGCGACCGUCGAGUCGACAGCCCCUUCGUUGACACAACCGAGUAUAUCAUGAACAACAUGAUCAAGCGCCAGGCCCUCGUCCCACCGUGGAUUGAGAAGCAGCAGGCCCUCCAUACCGCGGCAGCCAAUUUCCGUGCCCGUCUGCGAAAGGAUUGGACGAGGCACGCGGUUGGGGUAGUGGUUGCUACUAGCGGUAGCGUUCAGGAACAAGUUCGCAGGGCGGAGGCAUACGCGCGGGCUGAGAUGGGGCUUCGAGUCGGAGGCAUACAACCCCCUGGCUCGGAUUUGCUCGAAGAGAAGAGUCGGGAGCAGAGAGGCGGGGACAUACAAGCCCCUGACUCCUCGGAUCCCCCUCUAGAAAAAGCGAGCACCGGAGACAUAUCACCUCAGGGAAAUGCGACUCAACAGACAAUCGCGGAUGACCCCCCGCAAGCUCUGGACCUCCCACCCCUCCGCGAUCCAGCGUGGGAGCGCCAGCAUCUGUCAUACCACACCCUAGCCAUCGCAGAGCUCAACGCAACUGCGCGAUCGUAUAACCUCCAAGCCCCUGACCUGGCGAAGAAGCCGUAUUACGCGCUAGAGAGGGAGAUGGCGUCUUGCUUCGCUGAUGUUGCGAUGGUGUUGGCGAGGGAGGUUGUAGGGGGUGGGGACAAACCUGAGGAAGGGAAAGUUUGGAACAAAGAGCGCGAUCGGGGAGUCAUGUGGCGGAUUGUGGGGGAGAAGGCAGUGGUGAGGGAUGAGAGGGGACCGAAGUAUGGGUUCAAGGAGUUGUGGAGGGACUUUUUUAGAUAGAGGCAUAGACGGGAUGGUCGGAAGACGGAAAUACGGGUUCAAGGAGUUGCGGAGAGUUCUUAGAUAUAAUAUACCCGGUUGGACGUUGACAUAUCCCAUAUUAUCCCACUCUGACGUAC